AUCACGGGUGAGAGCUACGCUGGCAUUUACAUUCCGUACUUGGCCGCCAAGCUUAUAACGUCGCCUUUGCCGUCGAUGUCCUUCAAGGGCGUCGCCAUCGGCAAUGCGUACACGGACGUCGCCGUCGAAGCGCCCGCGUUUUUCGAGUACAUGUACAGCCACGCGCUCAUCUCGUAUGAGACGCACGCCUCGAUCCAGAAACACUGCGGCGAAAGCGGCAUCGUUGGGUGCAUCACUGGCAACAAGACGACGUGCACGAACACGUGCGCGCAGCCGCUUGUCGAAGGCUACCUCGAGUCCGACUCGUUUGCGAUGGACCCGUACUAUAUCUACGGCGACGUGUGCCAGCUGUCGAGCAACCAAGCGUCGUUGCUGCCGUCGCCGUCACUGCGUCCGAUGCACCGAGGUGUCAUUGGGCCGUGUCAAGCGCAGUACACGGCAUCGUACUUGCGCCAAGCCGCCGUGCAAGUCGCGAUCCACGCAUCGGAUGCCGUUGUCGAGUGGACGGACUGCAGCGGCGACGUGUCGAUGGCCUACCACAGCAGUCCGUCCUCGCUGCCAAAAUACCCCGCAAUCCUCCAGUCGGGUCUCAAGGUCCUCAUCUACAGCGGCGACGCCGACACGGUCGUCAACUUUAUGGGUACCCAGCGCUGGCUCACACAAGGU